AUGAGACUGAGAGAAGCUGCCAGGGCUUGGAGGAGGGUAAUCAUGAGUUUCAGCUGGAAACUAAAAGACUAGAUUGCUUUUCGCUACAACUUGCCGGGUUCCUCUCCACUUCCUUUAGUUGCGCUCCAUGGACAGAUCAACCAACCUGGACAUUGAGGAGCUCAAGAUGACCCGAGAACAAUACAUACUAGCAACACAACAGAAUAACCUGCCAAGGACUGAGAAUGCACAGCUUUAUCCAGUGGGAAUUUAUGGCUGGCGAAAGAGGUGCUUAUACUUCUUUGUCCUUCUGCUGUUGGUUACCAUGAUAGUUAACUUAGCCAUGACAAUAUGGAUAUUGAAAGUUAUGAAUUUCACUGUGGAUGGUAUGGGAAAUCUGAGAGUCACCAAGAAGGGAAUCCGACUUGAAGGUAUAUCUGAGUUUCUACUUCCAUUGUAUGUGAAAGAAAUUCAUUCCAGAAAGGAUAGUCCACUGGUCUUACAGUCUGACAGGAAUGUAACAGUGAAUGCAAGAAAUCACAUGGGACAGUUAACUGGACAACUGACAGUAGGAGCUGAUGCUGUGGAAGCUCAGUGUAAAAGAUUUGAAGUGAGAGCCAGUGAGCAUGGCAGGUUGCUGUUUUCUGCAGAUGAAGACGAGAUCACCAUUGGGGCUGAAAAGCUCAAAGUUACAGGCACUGAAGGCGCUGUAUUUGGGCACUCGGUGGAGACACCUCACAUCAGAGCAGAACCCUCCCAAGACCUCAAGCUUGAAUCACCCACCAGAUCCUUGAUCAUGGAAGCACCUCGCGGGGUCCAGGUGAGCGCAGCUGCAGGAGACUUCAAGGCCACCUGCAGGAAGGAGCUCCACCUGCAGUCCACGGAAGGGGAGAUAUUUUUAAAUGCAGAUACAAUCCGGCUGGGAAAUCUACCAACCGGCUCCUUUUCAUCUUCACCCAGCUCCUCAAACUCUCGACAGCCAGUGUACGAACUCUGCGUGUGCCCCAAUGGCAAACUGUACCUUUCUCCAGCCGGAGUAAGUUCCACUUGUCAGUCCAGUAGCAACAUCUGCUUGUGGAGCUGAAGUGACUGAUUUCUCCUCACACCAGAAUAGCCUUUUGUUCUGUCCGUCUGCUUCACAGUUCUGCUCGGUUUCCCUUGUGAUCAGUCCAGAGCAUCUUCAAAUGGUCCACGGAGCGACUUCUUCCAGUGUUCAGCAGGGAUUUGCUGCCACCAUCUCCUGUGGUUUCUGGAACUGCUCAACACAGAGUGUGAGUGACACAGCAGUGGAAAAACCAACUUCCACAGGAAAACUGGAUCAGAAGUCUUGCUCAAAAGGGAGAAUAACAUAGGUGCCUUUGCUACAACAAGUGAAGCACACAGUUCUAGGUUUUUGCAGGAUCUGGAUAUGAACUGCACAUAUACACAUUACAUAGAUGAAAUUCCCAGUAUCCAAUGGCAAGAUGAAAUGGUUAACUCUGUAAGACAACUAAUUCUACAGUUUGAAAGCACAAUUUUCCAUUCAUCUUUUUGGAU